AAUAAAACUACAGUUGUACAAUGUUUGGAACGCCCUUGUGUUUUUCUAAAAUAACAUUCACUCAAUGAGCAACAAAUCAAUUCAUUCACAAAAAAGUCAAGUCAAAUCCAAAAAGUUGAAUUGUCAUAAUCACUAUUAUUAUUUUGGAAGGACUUCUAAAUUUAUUCAAUUUGAAUUAUUAAACUGCUACGAUGAGUGAGGGCGAAGGAACUUUAGUGGACAAGUCGGAGAGUAGUUCGUUCGAAGAUCUUGCAGCUGCGGCAGCUCAGGAGAUCGAGGAGGCUAAGCUGGCCGAGGCAGCAGCUGCCAAAGAUAAGACGGAUACGGAUGAAACAAAAACUGAUGAGUGGCAAGAUGUCUUAGGGUCAGGCGCGCUACUUAAAAAGAUAUUAAAAGUUGGUGAAGAAUCAAAUGGUUUGCGACCCCACAGAAGUGAUAUUUGCAGAAUUAGUUACGAGGUCAAAAUUAAGGAUACUAACCAUGUGGUUGAGAAGAGAGAUCAUGUCAAAAUUUAUUUGGGAGACAAUGAAAUACUACAAGGGCUGGACUUAGCAGUGACAAUGAUGUACAAAGGCGAGGAAUGCAUUCUACAAAUGGCACCACGUUUUGGUUAUGGCGAAACUGGACUGAAGCCUGGUGAGAGCCUUGGUUUGAUCGGCGAAAUUGAUGGACCAAAGUAUGAUGGCCCAGUGAUUGAUGCGGAUACUUGGCUGGAAGCCCGAGUGGAACUGCACGAUUGGGCUGAGGAACCUGAACACGAGACCUUGCCUAUUGCAGAGAGGAUGGAAACUGGUAUCCGUCGUCGUGCCCGCGGUAAUUGGUGGUACGGUCGUGGUGAGCCCACCUUAGCAGUGCAGCUGUACCGACGUGCGCUGGACGUGCUCGAUGAAGCCGACGGUGGCAUCACCACCCCCACAGCCAGCGGUGAAAUGCCACCAACCUCUGAUGAACUCCAAGCUCUUCUAGAAGAACGCCUUCGUGUGCAUAAUAAUAUGGCUGCCGCGCAAUUGAAGGCUGGCGCUUAUGAAGCGGCUUUGCAGGCAGUAACAAGAGUCCUUACCUGUCAACCGAAGAACGCCAAAGCAUUAUAUCGCAAGUCACGCAUUCUGUCCUCGAUGGGCCGUAAUUCCGAGGCUUUGGAAGCAGCGCGGGCCGCUGCAGCCGCCGCCCCCGAGGACCCGGGGGCUCGCAAGGAACUCCAGCGAUGUGAACAAAGGGCCACACGAGAACGAUCCGUGGAACGAAAGCUGGCUAAACGAAUGCUUGGCACCAACCAACCUAAGGGCGCUACGCCUGAUAAGAAACCUAGUAGAGCCAAGAUGUUCGUGUGGGGUUCGAUUCUGCUGAGCUUCCUGAUGGGCGUGGCUAGCGUGCUCGUCUACCGGUACAAGAUACAAGCGCAUUGACGCUUCGAACGCAACCAUAGACCACAAGUAAUGGAGAAUCCAAUGGUGUGAUUGGAGAGGGGGGGUUGGUGCACAUAUACUUAAGGCCACGUCAUAUCUUCGCUGAAAAAGCAAAUCAUAAAGCCUUCAAGCAAUCGGUCUCUACUCUACGUACUGAUACUGAGAGAACAUGUAUAGUUAUUUUUACAUACU